ACAAAAUUUAAGUAACUAAAACAACUUUCUUUUGGCACUUCCUUCCCAUCCUCCUUCUCGUUCUUUUUCAUCAAGUUCAGCCACAAUGCAGAAAACCAAGCAAAAGGAGCCAAUCCACUCGGUCCAAGUUUUUGGCCGCAAGAAAAGCGCAACGGCUGUAGCCUACUGCAAACGUGGUCGCGGUAUUUUACGCGUUAAUGGCAGACCAUUGGAGAACAUUGAGCCUCUUGUGCUCCAAUACAAACUGCAAGAACCAAUCCUUCUUCUUGGCAAGGAGAAAUUCUCAGGAGUUGACAUCCGUGUACGUGUAAACGGUGGUGGUCAUGUAGCACAGAUCUAUGCUAUCAGACAAGCUAUCUCCAAAGCACUGGUUGCUUAUUAUCAAAAAUAUGUCGAUGAAGCGAGUAAAAAGGAAGUAAAGGACAUCCUUAUCCAGUACGACCGUACGUUACUUGUUGCCGACCCGAGACGUUGCGAGCCCAAGAAAUUCGGUGGUCCAGGUGCAAGAGCCCGCUACCAAAAGUCCUACCGUUAAUCAUUUUACAUAUUUACAUCUUUUUGUACGUCAUUAAAUGAUAAAAAUAAAAUGACAGGCAAAAAUA